AUGGAGGACUUCGCAACAGGACGAUUACGGUCACCUCCAGAGAAAGAAAACAGAUCCAACAUGGUAGUUAAAGAUAUGACGGGUCGUGCCUUGAGGAGGAUUGAAAGGUCACAGUCAACUAGCAGCGAACAGCACUGCACCACAUUGAUCCUGGAUAAAAAUUCUGUAUCAAAGAUUGAAAAUUUGGAAUGUUAUGAAAGUCUUCAGCAGUUGUCAAUUGCCAACAACCGAUUAGUGCGCAUGAAUGGCAUCGCCAGGCUUCGGACGCUGAGAGUACUCAAUCUUCCCAAUAAUAGUAUACAGUUUAUUGAAGGAUUGCGAGAACUUUUCAGUUUGGAGUGGCUGAAUCUAUCAGGAAAUAGUAUAAAGUGCCACAGUCAGAAUACUGCUUGUGAACUAUGGUUUCUGUAUGCUUGUGAACUAUGGUUUCUGUAUGCUUGUGAACUAUGGUUUCUGUAUGGUUACAGUGCCACCAUCAGAAUACUGCUUGUGAACUAUGGUUUCUGUAUGCUUGUGAACUAUGGUUUCUGUAUGCUUGUGAACUAUGGUUUCUGUAUGCUUGUGAACUAUGGUUUCUCUCCGACAAUGGACGAACUUAUCCACUCAUUCAGAGCACUGGAUUCGGACGGUUCUGGUUCGGUCACGACGGGUGAGAUCAAGAAAAUGUUGGUACAGACAAAAGGUUACUAUACAGAAGACGAGGUGUCCGCCAUCAUGAAGGACGCGGACGUCGACGAAAAUGACCGAGUCAGUUUCUCCGAAUAUAUCCGAAUUAUUGCAAAAAUGUUUGCUGCUACCUCGGCGUGA